GCUCUGAGGCCUGAGUUAGUACAUUAACCUUAGUUGGCUGCCUGGUUCCUGGGUAUGCUGCCAGUGUCCAAUGAUCACGUACGCUUAAUCAAAGUUAAGCGACAGAUUUCCUGCUGCGAUUACAGGAUAGAUUGGGCUAAUUCAUUUCGUGAUUUGUGCAUGUGUCUGUCACUUUAAGGCCAAAGCCAGGCACCAGAUGACGGUCGACGGCGUCAGCAAUAGAACCACCGGCAGCCGGAACUGAAAUAGGCCCAACGCUGUAAGCUACAAAUCACUAAUUGAAUCGUGAAACUAGCAAAAUUGUGGAAGAACCUCAAUUUCUCAAAGUAGCUUUAAUGACAAAAUGAUACUCACGGUGAAACCACUUCAAGGGAAGGAGUGCACCCUACAGGUCACAGAGGAUGAAAAAGUGUCCAAAGUGAAGGAGUUGGUCUCCGAUCGUUUGGAUAUACCACCCAAUCAGCAGCGGCUGCUUUACAAGGGGAAGGCACUGGCAGAUGAACACAGGUUGAGCGAUUACUCCAUUGGGCCAGAUGCCAAGCUAAACUUGGUGGUACGGCCGGCGGGGGAACGGGGUACAGCGGCAGGGGGGGUCGGCACUGCCUCCAACGGGGUGUGGCAGUCCGUCUCUGCUGUCCUGGCCAAACACUUCAGCCCAGCAGAUGCAGCCAAAGUGCAAGAACAGCUCAUCAAGGAUUACGAACGGUCUCUUAGGCAGUUGAGUCUGGAUGACAUUGAGCGUCUUGCUGGCCGACUCCUGCACCCUAACACAGAGGGCAUGGACACCUCUUACAUGGACUGAGAUUGUGUCAGUGUGCCACACAUUUGAGAUUCCCAGAGACCAACCGGUCAGUUUGAAAGAGCGUGGCAGAGGGGGGUUGACGUGGGAAUGAACUUGUCCCCCUCUGCCAUCGUAUUUGUCUCAACUUGUACGGUGGAAAAACGAGAGCUGCCAUUUUCAGUCGUCCCCCGAUGCAGUGAGAAGGGCGUUACUGCAGCCGAUCAGUCCAGAAUCUGCAGUUUGACUGACCUGUUGCAAGUCUCUCAUUGGAUAGGAAAGGUGUCUUGAGAAAUGAGUGUUAACUACAAACUGAAAAAAAGGUUUGGAGGUUAAAAUGGUCUUGCACUGACUGAUCAAAGAAAAUGUACUGUUGGUUGGAACAGUCACUGUAUGUUUUGUAAAUAUUGUUUAUAUAGCUGAGCAGUAAAGUGGGGAGGAAAAAGACAA